AAUCGAUUUGUUACAAUUAGUUUGAAGGAGUAUAGCAAGAAAAAUGGAUUAAAAUAUGAAGCUUAAUUAAAGUGUUUUAAUUGUUGAAAAUAUCGUAAUCAUAAACUUUAGAACCUAAAAAUCAUAAAGACAUUAAAAAUUAUUAGAGGAGCGACGUUUAAAGUGCAAAACUUUCGAUUUCUUUUUAUUUCGUCCGAAGUGAUUUUUUUUCUGUUCCCUAAUUCGAUGAGUUUUUAGUGUAGUUAAUGGCUUCUGGUAGUUUCAAUGACAGUAAUUCGCAAUUGAAUGAUUCAAUCGAUACAAUCAGCAGCAAGAUACUUUCAAAUGAGCAGGAAAAAAGCUUAAAAAAUAGUCAAAUGGCUACGAAAAAGUUAUCAAAUUCAAUUGAUGUGAAGCCGCAUUUAGAGGACUUUGACGAGACUCAGUUGAAAUCUUUGUUAGAUGAAGCAUUGGACUAUAAGAGUCCUCGUGAUGCUAACGACAAAAGUGAUACGUUCAAGCAAUUACUUAAGAAUGUUACGGAAGAAGAUAUGAAGCAUAAUGAACGGUUUAACUUGGGGAAUUAUGGAAUGAAACAAAGCAAUUCACUUCAAAAUCUUUUUGACGAUUCUCACUAUCAGUUGAACAGCCAUCAAUCUCAUACAUCAAGUAAGAAGCAUCAUCAACGUCGUAAGAAUUCCACAUCAGUUUCAACAAGACGUCUUGAAGGUGGAAGCUUACCAAUUGACAUGCAUCAUUCUUCAGCCAUUCAAUCGCCACCAGAUCAACCAUUCUUAUCAGAAUAUAAAAACAAACAGAAGAGAAAGGAAAAACAACAACAAAAGGAAACUGUGAUUGAUAUUGGCGAAGACGAGACUGAUGACAGAAAGUUAAUGCAGCGUCAUUUUGACUCCAGCAAAGAUUACAUUUCAUCAUCAUAUCCACAUGAUGGAAUCGAAAUGAAAUCGAUAAGUUACACAAACACUGUUGACUUGCAAGUUCAAGAUGUGUCUAAAUAUUCUUCAAAUCCAACAUCAAUAACUACCAUUUCCUCGAUGACAGCAGCAGGUGGUCCACCUUUAGCAACAGCAUCAAUCAUAAAUCCAAAAGUUACAACAUCAACUGUUACAAGUUCUGCAAUACAUAAUGUUGACAAAAUUAUUGAAUUCCCAUCACUUGUCGAAAAAGCAAAGUCAUAUCAACCACAACAUCAAAUAAUUGAUGUUUGCAGUGGCUCCACAAUAAAUCACAACAAUAACAUUGUUCUUGCUAAUCCAGGAUUGAACUUUGACGCAUCUUCAGGCGGAAAUGGUAAAUUAGGUGCAGCAUUACAAUUAAAUUCAUCAUAUAAUGCUGUUGCUAGCUUAACAAGCACCGAUAGAUUAGCUUCGUCCAAAGCUUAUCUUAACAAACAUGAGAACACUUCAGCUCAAACACUCAUUCAAACGGCUCCAAUGAUUGCCGCAGCUCAUAAUUCAGGCGUUGUUGUUAACUCAAAGGAGGCCAAAUCAAAAAUGAAACGUACACCGAAGACAAAUGAAACGACCGUUGAUGUGAAAUCAAUUCAAGGCUUUCGUGGCACAGAUGAGAUUGAAGAUUUGCUGAAAUAUAUUGAAGAUGGUGGUGGAAAGAAUCAGAGAUCUCAUCCAAAAAAUGGCAUUGUAUCAAGUAAUCAAGCGAGUGAUCAUCUUUUAAGUGCCGAAGAUAAGAAGAAGAAAAUAGCUGCAAAGAACAAUAAAGUGAAUAAGUUGAAGAAAUCAAACUCAAUGGAUGAAUUGUGUUCAACUGGACGUCAACAACAACAACAGCAGGAAAAGUCUUCGUCGUCAUCAUCAACAGCUGCCAAUAAAAUUAUUCAAGAUCAAAAGCGUAAUGAGAGACGUUCAUGGGGAACGGAAGGCUUGUGGUCGGAAGCUGGUGUGCAAGUUGAAUCAACUCCAUCGCAUGAUAAUCAACAACAAGAUGAAGGACAGGAAAAUGAAAGUUCAAGUUCAAGCAGUUCUAGUGGCGUUCAAUCAGAUAACCUCACAUUGACAGAUACGACAUUGACUUUCGUUAAUAACGCUGAGCCAGCGAAUGCUGUCGUAAGUGAAACAGAAUUUCAUGUAGUGACAAAAAAACGUAAAGUUAAACGGAAAUCAACUGAUAAUGUUGAUUUAGUUAAGACGUCCAAUAAUCUUCAAAGUUAUAACAUGAAACGCGAUAGUAAUGCACGUCCUGGAUCAUCCAAACCUUAUAACGAUCGAACAGAUGUUGGCUCAAAGAAUGUAAGAAACUCAAAACCAUUAAAUCAAGAUGCGAAAGCAUCAACGGGUAAAAAUCGCCGUAAAUCAACCUCAUCUAUGCCUCCAUCUGAUGAUGAAUGUUCAUCAGAUGGCGGUGACUCUGUGCAAUCUCUGCCAAUCGAAACAACAAAGACGACUUCAUCACAAUUAUUGUCGACUACAAUUGUUGCUUCGGCUGAUCAUAACAAUCCGUCAUCAACAAAUAACAAAAGUAAUAAAAAGAAUUCAAAUCAUCCGUCGUCAAAUCAUCAUCAACAACAACAACAGCAGCAGCAACAACAGAAACCUGCAACAUUUUCCUAUGCCGACAUAGCCAAAACGAAUGCAACACGUAACAGUGGCAAUAAUGUCACAACAUCAUCAACCGAAAAGUGGCCUUCAAUAUCAGCAUCAACAACAUCGUCUUCAACAUCAACAUCAACAACGUCCCACCAAAAUAAUAAUAAUAACGUCAUCAUCAACGAUCCAUUCUCCAUUGCGAAUUUUGAUGCCGUCGUUAGCAAUUCCUUGAGCAAUCAUCAUCAGCAAAAGUCACAACAGAAAUCAGCACCAAUAAUCACCACAAAUAUGAUGUCGUUCCCUGAACUAGUCGAAACAAAUAAUAAUAAAAAUAAGCAGUUAAGUAGUAAUCAGCAACCUCCAUCAUCGUCAUCAUCAUCGUCAUUAGAAAAUAAUUCGAGUGGUGACAACAAUGUGAAUGAAAAACCUGUAAAUGGUUUGGAUGCGGUAGUGAUGAAAGCCUUCGACACAAAUAAUAAUAAUAACAAUAACAACAAGAAUAAUAAUAAUAAUAAUAUUAAUUCUAAUAGCAAUGCUUUUGUUGAAGUUGAUCGCGUUCAAGAUCGCACCAACAACAACAGCAAUAGCAGCAAAAUUUCUUACUCGCAAUCAUUACUUGAAAAUCAUCAAGAGUCACAAGAUUCGAAUGGUAAUAACUUGAAAAUCGACAACACUAAUCCGUCAUCAACAACAAAUGGAACUGUCCCAAAAAUGACGCUCACAAAGUCAAAGAGUGUUGAUCACAAUAACUUUUCGUCGAUUGAACAAUAUCCGGCAUUAGAGAAAGCACAAGUGACACUUGGUGAAGUGUUUUCAAAGCCAGCUGUUACAUUUGAAACAUUUUCGACAAAAUCAAAGCAGCAAAAGCAAAUAAAAGCAGGUGGAGGUGGACAAGGAGGAGUAGGAGGAGCCAGUGAAAUGAAAGGAGAUGUUGAUCGAAAGCCUACAAAAAAGGAAAAAUCUUUGAAGAAAUCACUUUCAGUUCAAAAUUCUCAAUAUCCAUCAAAUCAAUCGAAUGCAAUCAAUUGUCGACCAGCUGUCAUUAUACUCAAUGAUAAUGUGGUGAAGCCAAGCGAAGCUGAUUGUGGAAUAACAUUUGGCUUUGAUAUCAAUGAGCAUUUGUUGUUUGGCCAUCAAAAUGGCGAAACUUGCGUAACCGAAGUUAGCUUAGAUACUACUAAUAAUAAUAACAAUAAUUGUGAUAUUAUAAAUACUAAUUUAUCAAGUAAUAAUAUUAAUAAUAAUUUAACUAAUCAAACGUACGGACUUGAAAUGUACGAGAACUUCAUAGCGCCACAGAACAUCGUCAUUGGUGACAAUCAUAUGAUGACGAUAAGCCAAUCAUCACCGAAACAACAACAAAAUCAACAAAAGCAGCAGCAAAAGCAACAACACCACAAUAACAAUGCUCUCGAUAUGUCAAAUCAGUCGUCAUCUAAUGAUAUGGGCUAUUUGUCUUCUUCGUUCAUCACAAGUUCAGCAUCACCCGCAACACAGAAAUCAUCGUCAUCACCAUCGAUCAAUGAUGAUGGAAUUGAAGCAACAUUGAAUGAUUCCGCUGAUACACAACAAAAUUCUUUGGACAAGAAGAAACGUAUCGUGAAGAUUGAAGAAUAUAAUCUUGUGCUGCCAGAAUUUAUUGCGCCGCAGCCAGUGAAAUUUAAUCACGAUGAGCUUGUUUCGUUUGUCAGUGACGAAUGGACCAAAGUUGAACGAAAUGGCGUUUAUUUCAAUGGCCAGUAGUUUUUUGUCAUUCAUCAACCGAAAUGAAAUUAUAUUGUUAAACAUUUAAGAGUUUUUGAUUCAGAGCAUUGAUAAGGAAAGUUUUUUUAUAUAAUUUAUGAAAUUUACGUCAGAAGAAUGUUCUCUUGGAUUUAUGCUGUCAAUGAUUGAAUAAAUCAUCGAUUUUCGCUUGAUAAAGGAAUCUUAUUUUAAGUGAACUAAAUAAAAAAGAUUUAAUCCAAGAGUGAUUCAUUGAUAAAUAAGUAAUUGCUAACUACCUAAUAAUGAAGAAAAAAAAGAAAUAAAAAGAGGAACAUAAUGAACAAUACUUAAAAUGCGAUAAGGAAUUCGAAGUUGUUUUGUUGUUGAAAUGUCACAGAAAAUGAUGAGUGUAAAAAAAGUGAAUCAUAAGAAAAAAGAAUAUUGAAUGAAGAAGAAAAUAAAUUUUAAGAGAAACUCUUUAACUAUUAUAGUGGUUAUCAAAAUGAAAAGAAAAGAAAGAAAUAAUAGAUAGCUAGUUCAUAAAUAACAGAGAAAAAUACCUUAAAAGAAUCACAAAAUUAUUUCUGCAUGUUUGAAUAAAAAAGAAAACGCUGCAAGAAGAAAAUUUUGUGCUGAUCAAUAGAUUCAAGAUUUAUGUAAUCAAAAAGAAAUCAGCAAGUGUCGUGUAGUGUUAUAAUAGUCGAUAACAACAUUCUUCAACAUGAAUCGUCACGCUUUAAUAGUGAUUACAAUAAAAUAAAAAUAAUAAAAUUAAUUAUAAUAAACAUGAAACAAAAUAAAAGAUGAAGGAAAGAUGAUUAAAUGGAGAAAAGGAAUAAUUAACAAGCAAAGAUAAAUGGAUUACAAGAAGCAGCAGUAAAUUAAGGAUAAGAUUUAAUCUUCACUGAACAGCGUUAAAAAACAUCGAUGGAUGAAUGAUUUGAUGAAUGUAAACAACCAAAAUAACUCUUCUGUCUCAAUUGAAAUUUAUUGCCGUCUCCAGGUUAAUCUCUCUAAAAUGGUGAAUUAAUUUAAGCACUUUUAUUAUUUUUAUUUUUUUCUCUCUUUAAAAAAAUCAAUUUAAUUGAAGUUAUCAAAACUUCAAAUUUUCACAGACUUUUUGUUAUUUUUUACAUGAGAAAAGAAGGAACGAAAGUUUGUCAAAAAUUUCUGACAUUUCUUGAAAGUUAAUUGAAACAGCUUAAAGAAGUUUGGAAAAGCAACCGUUGGAAUGAUUGGCGAGAUGGAAGACUUUUUUGAUACUUUUCUGUUUACUUUUUUUUCUUCUUCCAAUGUUAACAACAACUAUGCUAAAAUAAACAGAAAGUCACGAAAAUGAUUGCAAGUUUUAAUUGAUUAGAAAAAUAUAAAGAAUGUAGGAAUAACUUCCAAAAAUAAUAAUAAUAGUAAUAAUAAUGAUUCAGAUCAAUAAAUACAAGAGAAACGAGCGAAAACUUUUUUCUGUUCUUCAUUUAACUUGCAAAAAGUUUUUUCUUUAUGCUGAAAUAUUGAACAGCAAAAGCAGCAAUAUGUAAGCAAGACAAUUCAUAAAAAGGAAAGUCCUCGAUUUAUUUCGAUGUAGGAUUGAAGUUAAUUAGACAUGAUGGACUUUUGAAUUCAAUUGGUAAAGCUGAGUACGCGAUAAUUACAAUUUUGACCUUUUUCUUUGUUUUUUAAUUGAGAGAUUUUGAUUCCAUUGACGCGUUAAAUAAAUUCCUUCUCUUAAAUAUCACGCAAUAAUAAUAAUAAUUAAAACUGACUUGUUUUUCCUUAAAAGCGACUAUCAUCCUUGGUUCGUUUUUGUGGUUAAUUAUUCAAAUUUAAUGGAACAAGUGAGUCAUUGUUAUGAUGCAACUUUUCUUAAUACUUAAUGUAAUAGUUGUAGACAUCACAACGCGCGCCCCUCUCUCUUUAACAUCCUUUCUGUUGUAGUCACGGGUGAUCUAUCUCUGUGAAUGACCAAAAGAUGAAAGCAAGAAAUUAAUGUAUUUCGUUGUGGUGAUGUCAUAAAUCCUUAGAUAGUCAUCGAAAGAUAAUAAAGCUAAAAAAUAUUACACAAAAAAAUGAUAAAAAUGUUUAUUAAACGAUGUAGAACUUAAUCAUUAAGUAGAUGUCCAAUGAAUGAAUGAUAAAAAAACUCAGUUUGAUGAAACAAACUUACAAGAUGUAGAAGUAAAGAAAUGAAAUAAAAAUCACGACAAAAAUGAUAAGAAAAUGAAAUUGAAAUAAAAUCAUACUUAGGUACUAAAUAAAACGUGAAUUAAAAUAUUUUGUUGCAUAAAUAUUAUUGUCGAAUUCAUUAAAAAUCAAUUCGCUGUACAUUUUAAUGAGAUAUCAAGAUUAGUUAUAAAAUGUAAAUGAUUCAAUAUUAUUUUCAUUUCUCUUUUGCUUUUCAUUGUAAAUAUAUCUGAUCAAAUUGCAAUUCUUAAUGAGUUGUACAUAACGAAAGAUAUAUGCAAGUGGGUAUCGAAUUAAAAGAAUUUUUUUUAAGUCAUUAAAGUUUAGAAACAUCAGCAAGUAGAAGAAGAAAAUAUCGUCUUUCAUUCUUAUUACUUUACAUUC